UCCGUGUGGUCGCGGCGCGCGCGUCGAAUCUCCCGCCAAGACCCUUCCGCCCGCGAAGGCGCGACCAAUCAGCACCCGAGCUACCGCGGAGCCGGCCGUCUCGAAGCCAGAGGGGGGCAAUCCGUUCCUCCGCUUAUCCUCAGCCAGGCAGGACGCGUCGGCUCACCUUCCCGGGCGGCAGCCUCCGGGGGCGAGGUCCCGCGUCUCCGCCCGGCCCGAAGGCCUGGACCCGAGCCUUGUCUACCCGCAAGGCGCAAGCACCGGGGCCGGGCUCCCCCGCCUCCGCGGACCUGGUGGUCUCUCCGGGCCCGCGCGCGCGGGAGCGCCGAGGGCGGGGCGGUGCGCACAAAAGGGCGGUUGGGGGCGGGGCGCGCGCACAGCCCGUCGCGCCGGCGCCGAGCACGCCGCCGCCCUCCCUGCCGCCAUGGCCUGCCGGCCGCGAAGCCCGCCUGCCUACGGGAGCCGCCGCGACCGAGGCGUCAGCCCGCCGUCCCCUACGAGAUGGAGCCUCGGGCGGAAGCGCAGAGCGGACGGGCGGCGCAGGAAGCCCGCGGACGCGGAGGAGGACCAGCGCCCGGCCGAAGACCGCAGGCCCGAGAGCUUUACCACUCCUGAAGGCCCUAAGCCCCGUUCUCGGUGUUCAGACUGGGCCAAUGCAGUUGAAGAAGAUGAGAUGAGGACCAGAGUUAACAAAGAAAUUGCAAGAUAUAAAAGAAAACUCCUUAUAAAUGACUUUGGAAGAGAGCGGAAAUCAUCAUCAGGAAGUUCUGAUUCAAAAGAGUCAAUGUCUACAGUGCCAGCUGAUGUGGAGACAGAUGAAAGUGUUCUGAUGCGAAGACAGAAGCAGAUCAACUACGGAAAGAACACUAUUGCUUAUGAUCGCUAUAUUAAAGAGGUCCCUAGACACCUUCGACAACCUGGCAUUCAUCCCAAGACCCCCAACAAAUUUAAGAAGUACAGCCGGCGGUCAUGGGACCAGCAGAUCAAGCUCUGGAAGGUGGCUCUGCACUUUUGGGACCCUCCACCUGAAGAAGGGUGUGAUUUGCAAGAAAUACACCCUGUAGACCUUGGGGAAAUGGAGACUGAAUCCACUGAAAGCAGCUCUGAGUCCCAGACGAGCUCACAGGAUAACUUUUGCUGAGGAUGGAACCCAGGGCCUCACGUGUCAGGCAAGUGCUCUGCUACUGAGCUGCAUCCCCAGCCCUGGCCUUACGACUACCGACUGAGCUAUCUCCCCAGCCCUGAUUACUUCUUAAGAAGUACACCUUGUUAGACUUUGUCCUCGUGACAAAAUCCUGAAAGAAACUGAGAUUUCAUUGGCUUAUAGUUUCACAGGUGUCAGUCCAUGUUCAGCUGGCUUCAUUGCUUUGGGCCUGAGGAAAGGCAGAACAUGGUGGAAAGACUUGGUGGAGGAAAACUGCUUAGCUCACGGCAUCAGGAAAGCAGAAAGUGGGGGAAGGGGAAGAGGAGGGGCCCUAGGACCAGGUACUCGCUUCCAGGGUGUGUCCACUUCCCAGUAAUACCAUCCAAUUAAAGAGUCUCCAGGGGAUUAACUGGUUGAUGAGAUGAGAGCCUCCUCAUCCCUGCCUUUGAACAUUGCUGCCCUGGGGAACACACCUUCAGCCUGUGAGCCUUUGCGGGGGACAUUUCAGACCUAAACCAUCCCAUCUCAAAUCAUGAUGGUAUUUUUUUUUUAAAUACUGAGGAUUGAACCUGGGAUGCCUUACCGCUGAACCACACCUCCACUCAUUAUUUUUGAGACAGGGUCUCACUGAAUUGCUGAGGCUGACCUCGAACUUGGCAAUCCUUCUGUCUCAGCCUCCCAAAUUGCUGGGGCCACAGGCAUGUGCCACUAUGCUGGCUUAAAUUUUUCCCUUUUUGGUUAAACUUUUGAAGAAAAAUUCUAAUUGAAGAGUCAUACCCUCACGGGUCACAGAUGUCUUGGUCAUAGCAGCUCCUGUUAGCUGAGGCAGCCAUGCUCAGGUAUUCCUUGGGCCAGGGGUGGGUAGAUAGUUGGUGGGCAGGAAUUUGAAGCUUCUGGCUAAAAUAAGGUCUGAUGUACACUGGAAUC